GCAGUUCUGGGUACAAAAAAAACGUAAGGUACGGGUUACCCCGGUUCUUCACUAGCUCAAUGCCAAGACUCGCAUACCUUUCCAGCUUCUGCAUCACCUUAGGAGCUAGAGAUCCUAAAUACCUACAUUCUAAUGUCAGGUUAGGUACUUCUUUACCUAACAUAGGUAUCCCGUCCUUUCCUUUACUCAACUUUUCUUUCACCGUCUAAAAAAUUAACCAGAUCAAAUCAAAUUAUAAAUCCCAGCCCAUAUUAGCAAAAUCUAAUUCAACUUCACUUCACCUGCGCAAUUACAUAUCUGAACGGGAAGAAAGGUCAUAAAUUCUCUCGUCUUCCACAAUGGCAGGAGACUACGCUUCCGAAGAGCUGCCUCAGCCUUUCGACGCGAAGCAUCUUGAGCCCGCUAAAAGGCGCAAGGAUUCUCGAUCUCCCAGCAGCAGCAGCAAUAGCAAGCGCCGAGAAAACGAUGCAGGCGGACCUCCCCUUGACGAACUACCUCAACCAUUCGAUGCCAAGAAGCUCGAACCGGCCAAGAAGCGACAGCGUUCUAGAUCACCAUCCGAUACGCCCCGGAAGCUGAAGCGCCCCGGUCGCGGUGCUCGCUUCUCUCAAGCAGAAUCGUCGACUAUCCGCCAGCGCCACGAGCAGCGUGAGCGCGAGGCCGCCGAAGUCGCAGCUACGCAGGCCGUGCUAGAACAGAGAGGCAUCAACGAUGUUGUCCGACAGCAUUACAACGCCGUACCAGAGAGGGGUCGCGACUGGAGAAAGACGGACAGCAGAAUCAAGGGGCUUAGGUCGUUUAACAAUUGGGUCAAGAGCACAUUGAUACAAAAAUUCUCGCCCGACGAAGACCACACGCCUGGCGCUCACGAGCGAGGGCGCGAUAUGGCUGGCGCUAGGGAUCACGAGCUGCUCGUCCUCGAUAUCGGAUGCGGUAAAGGUGGCGAUCUAGGUAAAUGGCAGCAGGCCCCACAGAGAGUUGAGCUAUACGUAGGGUUAGACCCCGCCAAUGUUUCCAUUGAUCAGGCGAAAGAACGAUACCGUAAUAUGACCCAUCGUGGCGGCGGACGGGGUGGUAGAGGCGGUCAUAGAGGUGGGCGCCAUCAGCCUCCGCCGUUCGAAGCUCGCUUCUACGUCAAAGACUGUUAUGGCGAGUCUAUUGGUGAUAUAGAUAUCAUUCGGCAAGUCGGAUUUGAUCUUUCGCCCAUGGGAAGGAGCGGGUUUGAUAUAGUCAGCAUGAUGUUCUGCAUGCAUUAUGCAUUUGAGAGCGAAGAGAAGGCUCGGAUGAUGCUCCAGAACGUAUCUGGGGCUCUGAAGAAAGGUGGGCGCUUCAUAGGUUGUAUACCUAACUCGGAUGUGAUCGGCGAUAGAGUCGUAAAGUUCAACGAGUGGUUCGCGAAAAAGAAGAAGGGCGAGACGACCGAAAAUAAGGACAAUUCAAACAAGGAAGACAAUGAGGAUAAGGAUAAGGAGGAGGAGGGCGAGGAGGGCGAGGUUGAGGAGACGGCGGAGUGGGGCAAUGAUCUCUACCGGGUCAGGUUUCCCGGCAAAACUCCCGAGGACGGUAUCUUCCGGCCUCCGUUCGGAUGGAAGUACAGCUUCUUCCUUGACGAAGCGGUAGAGGAGGUCCCAGAGUACGUCGUACCUUGGCCAGCAUUCCGUGCUAUAGCAGAAGACUAUAACCUCGAGCUACAAUACCAUCAGAAGUUUGAUGAGAUCUGGGAGGCCGAGAAAGAUGACCAUAUACUGGGCCCCCUAAGCGAGCGUAUGGGGGUCCGUGAGAGGGGAAGGGGACCACUUCUGGUUUCGCCUGAGGAGAUGGAGGUUGCCAGCUUCUAUCUGGCCUUCUGCUUCUAUAAAGUAUAGGUAUAUUCUUUCGA